GCUAGAUGCUUCCGGUGUAUUUGCACCUACUGUAAAACAGGACGUUGUGCUUAAUGUGCCUCAGACACAAAUAACACAAGUGGCGCAAGAACCAAGAUAAAAAAAUGAGUGAAAACGAGUCAUUACUACAAAAUGAUUACACCGGAGUGUCAUUCCAUUCAAAUUUCUUAUUCCAGACCAAUGGCAUAAGGAUUAUUCUGGUGGGGAAGACUGGAACAGGCAAGAGUGCGACAGGAAACACAAUUCUGAGACCGGACGUGUUUGAGUCUGAGGCCUCACCUGUCGGGGUUACAACACAAUGCAGCAGUGGUUUUGUGCAGGAAGGAGGAAGAAGAGUCUAUGUGGUUGAUAUGCCAGGGUUUUGUGGAUCGCUGACUAAAGAAGACAUGAAGACACACUUGGAGACUUGUGUUGAGCUGUCUGUUCCUGGUCCUCAUGCGUUCCUGCUGGUCAUCAAUCUGGAUGCGAGAUUCACAGCGGAGGAGAUGAACACAGUGAAACUGAUUCAGCAGAACUUCGGAGAAGACGCUGUGCACCACACCAUCAUCCUGUUCACCAGAGCAGAGCAACUGAAAGGUAAAUCUUUGCAGCAGUAUAUAGCAAAAUGCCAGCAUCUGAAGAGACUGACAGAAAGCUGUGGUGGAAGAUAUCAUGCAUUCAACAAUAACGACAUUAGGAACCGCUCUCAAGUCACCGAGCUUCUGGAGAAGAUUGACAGAAUGACCCAGGAAAAUGGAGGAAGACAUUACACUAACAAGAUGUUUGAAGAAGCUCAAAAGAAGAUUAAGAAAAAAAAGAAAAUGAAAAAGCUACAAAAUGCGGCAUUAGCAGUUGGAUCUGCUGUAGGAACGGGAGCAGCAGUAACAGGAGGUGUCAUCCUGGGAAUAACAGUAGGAGCUGUUGCUGGUCCUGCUGUUUUAAUCGGAGCUGGAGCUGCAGCUGCAGUGGGAAUGGCUGUGAAACUGGUCAUGAACAAAAGUCAUUACUACAAAAUGAUUACACCGGAGUGUCAUUCCAUUCAAAUUUCUUAUUCCGGAGUUAUGCUUAAUGUGUCUCGGACACAAAUAACACAAGUGGCUGCUGCAGCUCGGCAGAGGCCACAGAUCAGGAAACCAAGCCUUGCAAGAUCGGGAUUUAAGGCCUCCAAGGAGAAAUUACAGUGGCUCCAGAAGAAGGUCCACUACUUGGGUCACGUGAUCUCUCAGGGACAGAAAUACAUCUCUGCUGACAGAAUUCAGCUUGUUAGAAAUCUGAAACUGUACACAACAAGCAGCUGA